UUUCCAUGGUAGAAAAUGUUAAAUAUAUUAAUUUCCUAUUUAUAUUAUUAAACAAAUUAACCUCUAAUUGAAUUGCCUUCAAUUUGCGUUGCAAACGUCAAUUAUUUAUUGUAAAUGUAAUCCCAACUGAUAAGAGCCCCCCUUUACUCUCUCUCUCUCUGAAAACUGGACCGAGGAAGAAGAAAAGUUGCAUUUGAAGUUGAAUUUGCAGGCUGAAUUGAAAUGAAGAAGAAGCAUCAAUCUGCUCCACAUGGUGGCGAAGGCUACUCGACUGAGUCGUAUGACGAGAAGCCACCAAAUGGCUCGGGGACUGGAUCCUCGCGUGAUUGUAAACACAUCAAGAAGUCCGUCGAUCCGAAUUCUCUGCGUAAGAACUUGAAGGUGAUUGGAAUUGUUAGUGAAACUUGCUCGGAAUGUGCAAAGGCCAGCAAGACACAACCAACAACACCACCAGCAAGCGAGGACGAAGGAAGUGAAUCGUUUGAAUAUGAUAAAACAUUGUGGCUGUGUCUCAAGUGUGGCAAACAAUUGUGCGGAAGGUUGAAGAAUCAGCACGCCCUUAAACAUUACGAAACUCCACAUACAUAUUUCCAUUCGAUGGCAAUGAAUACAACAACCUACGAGAUUUGGUGCUAUUCAUGUGACGAAGAAGUCAGUGCGUCUACGUGUAAAAGUCUACAAGAAUGCGUGGAAUUGGUUAAGAAAUUACAACAAAAACCACCACCAGCUCCAGCUAUUCCACUGCAUGGCAGUGAGAAUUCUAUUGACGCCAUUCAAGGAAAAAUUGCAGCUACCUUAGAACACAUAAGACCUCUGCUACCAAUGGAUCAGCAGCAACAAACAACUGCAAACACAACCGAAAACAAUAACGGAGUCGUUUAUGGGCCAUCACCACCUCCGCCGCCACCACCAAUUCCUGGUAUGGCAAAAAGAGUUCAAGGUCACAUGGGCAACGAUCAGACCAUGUACAGACCUCCGACAUCAUUAACAACAACAACAACAACAACAACAGAUUAUUCAUCACAAAAAAAUCCACAACAAUUGCAGUUACCUCGAGUAAGAGGAUUGACUAAUUUGGGAAAUACGUGCUUCUUUAAUGCCGUUAUGCAAUGUUUGGCCCAGACACCAUUUCUUUUGGAUGUCCUUAAAGAAUCUUCUGAACCUGGAGAAGAAUUUAUUCUACCUGGAGGAUCUUUUAAGUUCAAUAAGGACGAAGAUGUGGAAUUGCCACCCAUCAAAGGAACACUCAAUUCGUGGGGAGGUCUGACUAGUGCCUUGGCACAAACCUUAGAGGAAUUACAAUCCGGAGGAGGUGUAUUUAAUCCCUGCAAAUUGUUUGAUAAACUUUGCGCCAAAUGCCCACAAUUCUGUGGUGGAGAUCAGCACGACUCCCAUGAGCUUCUUCGUCAUUUACUCGAGAGCGUCAGAUCUGAUGACUUGAAACGGUACCAAAAAGUAAUCCUCCAAAACAUUGGCUACUACGAUCAAGACACCAACAAUGUCAGCGAGGAUAUGAAGAAGAAAUGCAAAAUUUAUGGCCAACAGGCGGGCGAUCGAAUUCUUCGCCCCGAACAAGUAUUCCGAGGAUUUUUAGUUUCAACACUCCGAUGCCAGGAUUGCGUCCAUACCUCGUCGAGGCAUGAGAAUUUUCUUGAUAUGUCUCUGCCAGUCAGUGUGGAGAAACCACAGCCGCCUAAGCGACGCAAAAAUAGUCCAGAAAAUGUGCCACAGGGUCAUUCCAAGCAUCAGUUGAAAAAAGAAAGCAAAGCCAAACGUAGUCAAAAGUAUCAGCAAAAGAAACAACAGCAACAGCUCAACUCUGCCUACUCCAUGGAGACCAAUUCAUCCGGGUCAGAGCAGUCCGAUGCCGAUGUGGAAGAUAACCUCAAUGAUGAUACAACUUCUGGUACGGCAACAACAUCGAAAGUAACAACAACCACAACAACAGCAGCUUCAGGAGCAGCAGUAGCAACAACAACGGCAGUGCCGUCAAAUUAUGUGUCAACCUGCGACCCGAAUGGCAACAACAGCAACGAGCUGCCAAGUCCUCUCGUACCAGAGAAACGUGGAGAUUCUCCAGAAAAUCCAAAUAAAGAUUCCCUCGAUGAUGAUGAAAAUGACUCAGGUAUUGCCACAAGCCCUGCCAACGCUAGCGUGAGCGUUCAAGAUCGUUUCUUGGCUAAGGGCGGUAAUGGUGAUGGCGUUGCAGUUGGCGGCGAUGGCGUUGUCGUGAGUGUCAGCAAUAAUAAGUUGAUAGAAGUUGGUAUCAGCGAGAAGGGAGCCAGCCUAGUCCGCCAAUUGUCUCUCAGCACCACCAGCAUGGCAACACCAUCUCAGCCGCCGAUGGUAAAUGGUGAAAUCAACGAUUCGCUUUCCAACGAAAUGGACAAACUCCAUCUUACCUCAGAAGCUACCGCCCAGGCUGCUGCCUCGAAACGAGCAAAAGCGAAACGCGUUCGCACCCAAAGCUACUCAGAUUGGAGCACAACGAUUGCGCCGCGCUACCAAUGCGACGAUGGCGAGUGCUCAGUACAAUCGUGCCUCAAUAAUUUUACAGCCGUCGAACUUAUGACUGGCAACAAUAAGGUGGGCUGUGACAACUGUACAAAGCGCAUCAACGGUGAGGGCGGCAAGACAAUCUACACCAAUGCUACUAAACAAUUUUUGAUAUCCAGUCCACCCGCGGUGCUCAUCUUACAUCUCAAGCGAUUCCAAAUCGGACAGCGUUGUAUCUUCAGUAAGUUGACCCGGCAUGUGGAGUUCCCAAUGGUGUUGGAUAUUGCCCCAUUCUGUGGCUCCAAAGUGAAGAACUUGCCAAAUAUUGAUAGGAAGCAAAAGAAGCUCGUGUAUGCGUUGUACGGCAUAGUCGAGCACUCUGGAGGUAUGUACGGUGGUCACUAUACCGCCUACGUCAAAGUACGCCCGCAGCUCAAGCCCGACGAUAGGCGGUGGAAGUUUAUCCCUCAGGGCAGCAAGGCCGAGCUGGAUCAGGCCGACGAACAGCUUGAGAAACUCGAGGAGUUGCUGGCCAAGGAGAAGGCUCGUGAUCUCCGCAUGAAAGCCAACGACAGCGAUGACUUCUCCACCAGUUGCAGUUCUUCCGAGCCCGAGGUUGAGAACGACGAGGAGCCCGAGCCCUCACCGUGUGAGGAGCCAAAUAUUACACCGCCACCUGGCAAAUGGUACUACGUGUCCGAUAGCCGAGUCCAGGAAGCAACUGAACAGCAAGUGCUCACAGCGCAGGCGUAUCUUCUGUUCUACGAGCGAAUAUACUAAAACUCCUUUUCUCAGAAUCACUCAAUCCUAGCCUAGAGGAGCGUUUUUAAAAACGACCAAACAGAAAACAAAGAACGAAAACCUAUAAAACUAUAAAACCUAUGAAAUUUGUUCUUCUUGACGUGUUUGUUGUUCAUUAUAAUAUUUUGACCGCUUCAAAUACUCUCCUCCUGCAUUUCCCUCUUUACUUCUUUUUCUGCCUAUUAUUGUGUUUGUGUUUUGUUGUAAGCAGAAUUAUUUACAUUUUUUUUUUAAUAAUUGUACAAUUUAUUAGUAAUUCUAUCUUUUUUAAUUAUUAUUUUGCAUUGCAUUUUACAUCCUAUAAAAAUAUAAAUUAUAUAAAACAAAAAGUCUUUUGACGUGCGACUAGAGUUCGGAUUUUAUUACAAUAAAACAAAAAAAAACAAACAAAAUUAUUAUACAUAUUUAAAACAAAAAUUAAAUAAGAUUAUCCUAAAAAAUAAAAAUCAUUGAAGAGAUUAAAAAUAAAUAAAUAAAUAAAAUAACAGAAUUAAUGAAAAACGAAGCAAACAAAAAUGAAAAGAAGUAGAGAAAAUAAUUUAAAACAAAACAAAAAAUAAGCAAAUUAUAUACAAAAGCUAGUUUGAAGAUUUAUUAUCUCUACAAUGUAAAUUAUUAAUUUUAUGAAGAAAAAUAAAAAUUUAAAAAAAACACAA